GAUUACCCCAAAUGUUUGAAACCGAAAAAAGAAAAAGAAAAAGAAAAACAGAAAACAGAAAGUGGAAGCAGUAAACGACGUCGUGUGGAGCAGCAUUAUCUUCUCCAUUGCUGCUGCUUUUAGCUGAACAAAAUGGCUUCUCUAUUAUCUUCUCGUCUCCCACAUCAUCUUUCCUCUAAUAAACCGGUGCUCCCACCAUCAAGCUCCGGUUCAAUUCUCCUUCACAACUUCACAUAUAAAACCCGGUUCGAUCAAUCCCGGUUCAAAUGUUCAGCUGGUGGAACGGGGUUCUUCACGAAGCUGGGUCGUUUGCUGAAAGAGAAAGCAAAGAGCGACGUGGAGAAGCUGUUCUCAGGAUUCUCGAAAACUCGAAACAAUUUAGCAGUUAUAGAUGAACUUCUCCUUUACUGGAACCUUUCUGACACUGACCGUGUGCUCGAUGAACUUGAAGAGGUUCUGUUGGUGUCUGAUUUUGGCCCGAAGAUUACCAUAAAGAUUGUGGAGAGCUUGCGGGAGGAUAUAUAUGGGGGGAAAAUCAAAUCAGGAAGUGAGAUAAAAAGUGCUCUUAAGAAGAGUAUCUUGGAUCUAUUGACUAGCAAGGCACCUAAAACAGAGCUCCGUCUGGGCUUCAGGAAACCAGCUGUGAUCAUGAUUGUGGGCGUCAACGGAGGUGGGAAGACAACAUCUCUUGGAAAGCUGGCAAAUAGAUUGAAGAAAGAAGGGGCUAAGAUACUAUUAGCAGCUGGUGAUACAUUUAGAGCAGCUGCUAGUGAUCAGUUAGAAAUUUGGGCUGAAAGGACCGGUUGUGAGAUCGUUGUUGCUGAAAAAGAGAAAGCUAAGGCAUCAUCAGUUCUUUCACAGGCUGUUAAAAGAGGAAAGGAAGAGGGUUUCGAUAUUGUUUUAUGCGACACAUCUGGCCGUCUGCACACCAACUAUAGCUUGAUGGAGGAAUUGGUGGCAUGCAAAAAAGUUGUCAGUAAAAUUGUUACUGGUGCACCUAAUGAAAUCUUGCUUGUACUGGAUGGAACUACUGGUUUAAAUAUGCUUCCACAAGCUAGAGAGUUUAACGAUGUUGUUGGAGUCACUGGCUUAAUAUUGACUAAACUUGAUGGUUCUGCUCGAGGUGGUUGUGUGGUUAGUGUGGUUGAUGAGCUUGGCAUUCCUGUAAAGUUUGUAGGUGUUGGGGAAGGUGUAGAUGACCUCCAACCGUUCAAUGCUGAGGAAUUUGUUAAUGCUAUCUUCCCAUGAGGCAUGAUCCAGUGACAGUUUCUCCCAGAUUCUAAGAAGUACCAGGUAAACUCCAGAUACCAGAAAGGUACCAGGUAAACUCCCAGAUAUCGGGGGUGAAGAGACGCAUAUAAAUAUUUUGGAGUGUGAGGAGUAAUGAAAAAUUUGGGAUUUGGUCUUUGGCAAAAUGGUUGCGGCAUGCCUCGAGUCUGUGUUCAUCAGAAGAGACAUUAACUGCUAUCAGGUAUCCUGUGUAAAGGAUGCCAUUAGUUGCAUCACUCGUUUUGAAUCCAAGUAACUUUAUGUCAUCUCCUUGUCAUUAUUGCAGUACAAAUAGUGGUACAACACUUGGACACAACUAAUACAUGAUUAAUGUACAUGAAUUUUCACUUCA